GAACUACAUCCUGAGUUCAGAGUUCAGCUGUGCUGCUAACAUGCGUGUUUCAGUGUGAGUAGCAGUGAAUGUGUGUGAGGUGUUUGUGUGACCAGUUUUAAUAUGAAAUCAUUAUAAGUUAGUGGUUUACUUGUCUCCGUAUUGUCGAACAUGUCAGUGAACGCACCACAGCUGGAGCUGACCCAGCUGAUCUACAAACAUCUGAAGGAGCAGGGCUUCCACUCUGCUGCUGAGGAGCUGCAGAGACACAGCCCACAGGGGGAGACAAAACCAUCUGCAUCUUUGUUGGACAUCUACAGUUCCUGGUUAAAUGACUCUAAAAAGAAAGGGAAGCUGAACUCGGCCAAGGGCUCCAAUUGUGAAGAACAAGGAAGGACUCCGGCUAAAGCCACGCCAAAGAAAAGGAAGGACAAACCUGCAAACAAAGCAGAGACACAAAAAAAGAAGUCUGUGGCAGCGAAAAGGAAAAAAGGUGACGGUAAAUCUGCAGAGAAAGUCAUCAAGGCGAAAAAAUCCAAGAGCCAAACAAAAGACAAGGUUGUUGCUGCCGGAGGAGGAGACGGGGAUUCAGACUCUGACAGCAGUCUGGAUGUAGAUAAAUGGAAGAAACUGGUCCUUCAGAUGACAGAGACCGAUGUAGCCAAGAUGGACACCAUCAACGCACUGGACUCGUCUGCACCACCGACGCCCGUGGUGAAAAAGAGAGUGAGGAAACCCCGGGCCAAACCUCCCGCGAAGACCGACACCCCCGUUCAACAGAGUAACGGGGCGGCUGGAAAGAAUGAAAAGGUGGAGGAGAAAGCCGCGACGGAAACGUCAACAAAGAAGAGUCCAGCCAAGAGAAGCAGGACGAAAAAGACCCCGUCUGUCCCGCCGAGCCAAGAGACGAACAUCAACGCCGUAGAGGACGGACCAGCGACGUCCACUCUGUCCCCGUCAAAAGAGACAGAGAUAGGAAAAGAUGUGUCUCCCAGUGAUGAGACAACAUCUGAGCCCAAGAAGAAAAAGAAGAAGAAGAAGAAGGAGAUGGAUGAAGACAAGGUGGAAGAGAAGGAGACUGGUGGAGAUGGACAACACAAAGACGGUAAAGAGGAAAAGAAGACUGAAGUCACAGAGCGAGAGCUCGCUGUUAAACCUGCGGAGGAGAAGAAAAAGGCAAAAGGAACAAAGGGAGACGGCAAAAUGAACAAGACUGAAGAAGAAACGACGGAGAACAACAUCCAUGGGGAAGUUAAUAAUGAGGAAAUAUCAGAGCCGAUAGUGCCAGAAAAGAAAGCCAAGAAGAAGAAAAAGGAGAAAACUGAUCCAGAGCAGAUAGUGGAAGAAGAGACGGGUGGUAGUGAGGAGAAGUCGGAGCAAAAAGUGGAAGAAAACGGGGAAGACUUAGAGCAGAUAGCUAAAGAAAAACCAGCAAAAAAGAGGAGGAAGGAGAUCGCUAACAGUGAGGAGAAUCCAGAGCACAUAGUCAAAGAAAAGAAAGCGAAGAAGAAGAAAAAGGAGAAUCCUGAUGAAGAAAGUUCAGAGCAGAUAGUUAAAGAAAAGAAAAAGAAAAAGAAGCACAAAGCUGAUCCAGAGGAAGAGAAGUCGGAGCCGGUAGUCGAAGAAGAUACAACGAUAAAAAGGAAAUCAGAGAGCGGUGACGAAGAGGAGAAGCCGAUCACUGAAGUGAAGAAGAAGAAGAAGAAAAAGGACGCAUCGCUGACUGAUGAGGUAGAGCCGAUAAUUCCCCUCAACCUCGACACACCGAGUCCUCCGACAGAGAAGAAGAAAAAGAGAAGCAAGUUGAAAUCAGCUGAGCUCCCAGAAACACCUGCAGCUUCUGUCCAGGACGCCGCGGAGACACAAACGCCAUCGAGUGUCACUCCCCACAAAAAGAAAAAGAAAUCCUCCUGAAGAUGUUCGACUCUUCAUCAGAACACAAAGGAUGAAGGCAACGCAACCUGUCCGUCUUAUUUCUAAUCAUAUUUUAAUGGUUAGAAGGAUCACUUAAAAAAACUGUAAAAAAAGAAAAGUUUUUUAUUUUGGUACAUUUCUUAUCUUCAUUUGUUUUAUGUGUUUACCCAGAGAGUGACAUACUAUGCUGUAUUUUUUUUAUCUGAUAUUGACAUUUUAAUGGCAUGAAUAUGUAAAAGAGAUCAAAGAUAACUGAUUGUUUUAUGGAACGGAUGAUUUAAUGAUAUUUUGAGUAAAAUUCAGUCAUUGAUUGAGCAGAAAAUUACAAUCUCAGGAAGUUUUGACAGUCCUAAAUCUUAAUUUGUUGUUAAUAUAUAUACACCUACUAACGCAGCUCUU